GUAGAUUCCAAACAAGUCUGAAAAUUAUUGUGAAUGUAAUGUGAAUACGAUUCAUUGGAACAAUCGAUCUUUUCUUAACACUCUUAAAAGUUGUGUUAAGAAGGUUAUGAGUGUUUUGUCUUUGAGUAAUGAAGUCAUUGCUAUUUACUACUUUAUUCUUAGCAAUCAGUCAUUGUAUAGCAUAAAUUGACUAAUAUCAAAGGGGUAUGCUGUUGUGUUAUAAUCUUGUAAAUUAUUAAAGUAUUUUUCCCAUACUCAAUUCGUUUAAUUAUAUAUAAAUUUUGCUGUUGUGAUUGAGAUUCUAAUGCAAUUCUAAGCUGAUAUUUGUUAAGUUUACCACUGUAUCCAGUUACAAUGGAUAACCAAGAAGAAAAUGUUUUUACGUAUGAAGGCACCGGGCGUUUGCUAAUAUCUACAAUUGCUUAUCCUUUAGAAAAUGCAAAGACUCUAAUACAGAUAGGACAUGAACCAAUCAAACCGUACCCAACUAAAACUCUCUUUGGAAGCCAAGUUUUAGGACUACCAAAUGUAUUUAAAUAUGUCAAACACAUUUACAAUGUGGAUGGACUUCUAGGCUGCUACAGAGGGUUUAUUCCAUGGCUUUCAACCACCAUGUUAUACAGAUAUAGCCAAAACAAAACUAAGGAAUCCUUUCCCAAGCUAGUCAAUGCAGAUAAAGAUGAAGAUGAUAUGACUCAGAAUGAAAGACUCACCAUGUACAGCACAUAUCUGUUCCGAGGGGUGGUGUGUCGGACUGUAGCUGUUAUAGUGUCACAACCACUACACGUUGUCACUGUAAGGACGAUAGCACAGUUCGUCGGCCAUGAAACCAAGUAUUCAGGAAUAUUUUCAUCAUUAUGGACAAUUUUUGAGGAAGAGGGAAUAUUUGGCCUUUUCGCAGGACUUCUGCCUCGUCUUCUGGCAGAUAUCUUCAUCUACACAGUUGCCACCACUGGGGUAUACCUUGCCCAUGAAUAUGUGGUCAAAGACCAAGAGGCUCGGAAAUUUGUGGAUGCUGCAAUACAGUAUGUUUCCAAUGCCUCUUUUUAUUCAUUUUUUGUUGUUGGCUCCUGCAUGGCUGUGACGGAUUGCGGGCUGACAGCAGGGUCACCCCCCAACAUGCCCCAUUACCACAACAUGUUCCACUGUUGGGGUCAUCUCCAGCGAAUUCACCAGCUAAAGCGUGGCUCCAGUGUGUUAUGGCGCUACUACACCCCUGUCUCUGAAAAGUUGCUGGCUGGUGAAUUUUAAAUUUGCUUUGUAAUGUGUUUAUUCAUUAUUUAUAUAUACUCGACAAUUUAUGUUCAUAUUCUUCAUUAGUCUAAACAAUAAACUACAUUUGUUUUGGUUGUA